GCGCCAUGAAGCCGGACGGGCUGGAUCGGGCGCAAAGUUGGGGGCGGCCGGAGGACCCCCGGGAGCGACCCGUCGAGUUGGUGCUUUGGAGAACAGCUGGAUCCCUUCUUUCACCAGAGCCGCAAAGUUAACCGUGGACCGAUUCUCUUGGGCAGAAGAUGACGCUGAACAUCCAGCGGGGAAGCCCCGGGGGUCCGGGCCAGCGACGGGCCAGCACCCCUCUUCCGGCUUCUCAUCGGGAGAGGCUGAACCCCGGGAGCAGGCGGGCUGAGCUCUGCCACCCCCAGUUGGGGCAGUCUUUAUCCUGCGAACCCCGAGCCCGCCUCCCGGAGCCCUGCGGCGGCUGGCGCUCCGAAUCCUCCGGCUCGGAGGAAUCCUGUGAAUCUCUCUACCGCGUGGUCCUGCUCGGUGACCCCGGAGUGGGCAAGAGCACCCUGGUGAGCGUUUUUGCCGGGGUGCAGGAAAAGGACUCGCUGGAGCAGCAGAGAGAUGACACCUUUGAGCGCACCUUGUCCGUGGACGGGGAGGAGACCACGCUGGUGGUGAUUGACACUUGGGAAGCUGAAAAGCGGGCAUCGGAAGAAGACAACUGGCUGCACAGCCACUGCAUGCAGGUGGGAGACGCGUAUGUGAUUGUCUACUCCAUCACCGACCGGGGCAGCUUCGAGAGCGCCUCCGAGCUGCGCAUUCAACUCCGGAGGACUCGGCAGGCGGAGAACCUGCCCAUCAUCCUGGUGGGGAACAAGACCGACCUGGUGCGCUCCCGGGAAGUCUCGGUGGAAGAAGGACGGGCCUGCGCCGUCGUUUUUGACUGCAAGUUCAUCGAGACGUCCGCUGCCCUCCAGCACAACGUGACCGAACUUUUUGAAGGGGUCGUGCGGCAAAUCCGGCUUCGCCAGGACAGCAAGGAGGCCAACGAACGGCGCAUGUCGCUCUACAAACGCAAGGAGAGCCUGACCAAGAAGGUGCGGCGUUUCCUGGACCGGCUGGUGGCGCGUAACAACCAGAAAGUUGCUCUGAAAGUCCGUUCCAAGUCCUGCCACGACCUUUCUGUGUUGUGAGAGACAAUCGGGGACGGGGUGGUGGUGGUGUUCCUCGUUCGCUCGCCCCUGUUGCACCACGGAGGGUCUGGCCUCGGUCUUCCUUUUGGUGCCUAGCGUGGCUUUGCAAAAUGCCCGUAAUUGCGAAAGAGUCCAAAUGGACGAUCGCUUAAAUAUUGAGCCAGCCGUGUGCUUGCGGCCGCCAAAAAGACCAACACAGUUCUUGGCUGCAUCAACGGAGGGAUGGAAUCAAGAUCACGUGAAGUGUUAACGCCACUUUAUAAGGCCUUGGUAAGGCCACACCUGGAAUCCUGCAUCCAGUUUUGGUCGCCACGAUGUAAAUAAGAUGCUGAGACUCUAGAAAGAGUGCAGAGAAGAGCAACGAAGAGGAUGAGGGGACUGGAGGCUAAAACAUACGAAGAACGGUUGCAGGAACUGGGUAUCUCUUGUCUACUGAAAUAAGGAUUUUGGGGUGACAUGAUAGCAGUCUUCCAAUAUUUGAGGGGCUGCCCCAAAGAAGAGGGAAUCAAGCUAUUCUCCAAAGCACCUGAAGGCAGGACAAGAAAUAAUGGAUGGAAAGAAAUCAAGGAGAGGAGCAAUCAAGAACUAAGGAGAAACUUCCUGACAGACCAGUUAAUUUGGGGGACUGGAGGCUAAAGCAGUGGUGAAAUCCAAAUUUUUUUACUACCGGUUCUGUGGGCGUC